AUGUCCACACGGAAUUUUUCCGUGGAGGAUGCGUCUUGCGGAUUCCGCCCAGUGAUCAACCGACACAGUCGUCGUCUUGCGAGUGGACUUCUUCCCGUGGAGGAGCGGCAGCAGCAUGACAUUGUGCGGCGGGAGCAGAACCGGCAGAAGCUUUUGGCCAAGGUGGAAGAAGAGCGUCAGCGCAACGAGACGUUCAUGCCCGUCACCAACCCGCGUGUUAUGCGCAGUGACGCCGUUGUUGAUAGUCAUGAGAACAGUCGGACUGCACUCAUUCGCAAAGUGCGCUCGGCCUCCAAGGAGGAGACAUUUCGUCCUAUCAUUAACGCCAAAAGCCAGCUCAUGGUCGCGGAUGGCACAUGGCAGAGUUCGCAUCAGCAGUUGCAGGAAGUUCGUCAGCGCGUACAGACAUUGUGGCGCACCCACGCCGGUAUUGGAAGUGGCGAAAUCACGCUCAGUGGCGUGUACGCAACGCUUCAGGAGUUGGGUUUGCAAGUUCCUUCCGCCAUAGUUGAUAAAUUUCUUCUGGCUCUUGGUUUGGAUGAAGCAGCUGGAGUGCGUUGUGUGGCCUACGAUCGGUUCGUAAAGGUUUUUACAAUUGUACUUCGCGCCGCCCUUCGUUCCGUUGCUGGGGAAGACAAUGGUAUCGGUGCGUGUGACGCGGAUCGUGCCACCUCGGCCGGUGGCGGAGAGAAUCAGGGAAUGGAGGAUGAACCCCCCCGUCCACGCGCUAUUUCUUCACUGGGCUCCAUGCCCACGAUGCGCCGCGUCAAACUUACCGAGUCUCUUGCUGCUGGACGUAGGAAAAUAGUGAUGGACGCGUCUCCUCUCAUUGCAUCCAAAACAGCUGUACCUGUCUUGCAGCGAUCCUUACGGAUGACAAACAGUUGUAUCGGCGCCGCUUCUCAUGACGGAGAGAAUAGUUCCCCUUCCCCCACUGCACCGUCGCGUGGCGGCUGCCCCCGAGUCUCUGCGGUGCGUGGCUCGCAACUUUCCGAGGAAUCGCCUGGUCUGAGCUGUAGCCUUCAGCCGCGCCUGCUUGAGCGGACAAGGCAGAAGAAAACAGCAUAUGACCCGCUUCAAGGAUGUACAUUUGCCCCAACAAUUAACAAGAGAGUUCGAGUGGCGUCAUCCAAGCUCCUAGCUGUACGUGAAGAACAAAAGAAGGAGGAAGGAGGAGAAAAAGAAGGACCGUUGAUGCAGACUAAAUGCAGCUCUACGGUCGCGCCUUAUAAGUCAAGGGAUGAACAGGAGUUGGAGGAGUGUACGUUUGUCCCCAACACAGCCCGCUUCCACAAGGACCGUGAUUCCCUGGCUUGGUGGAAGCGCGAGCCAUUUGUAGGCGUGGGCACGGAGUCCACAAUGGCCUCCUCUUUCCCGUCUUCCCUUGCAGCAGAAGACCCCUCCGUUAAAGGCAGUGCGGACGAGGGGGGAGGGGGAAAACUAGAGCGAUGCGACAGGAGCAGUAGGAGUGGUUGCCAUCCCUAUCACCAUCAUCAUAGUACUAGUCGCCGUCAGCGACCGGAAGUCCUAGUUGGGCGUCCAUCGCCUGUGCCUCUUGCUGUGGGCUUUGACAAGGCGGUGCAGCGGAUGACAGAGGCGAGGAAAAAGUCUCGACCCAAGUUUGAAGAACUGCUGCGCUCCUCUACGGAGGAGCCUCAGAAGCCCAUACGACCAACGGUCGUGGAGCCGUUUUCUCUGCAAGCAGAAACGCGGCACUUGCGUCGAGAGCAACAGAAACCGGUGUUGUACGUUGAUGUGGAUUUACCGAGCGGAAAGACCGGCCGCAUUGGUGUUCACAGGGGAGAUGAAGCAGCAAGUCUUGCAAGGCGCUUUAGUAAUGCGUAUGGUUUGAAUGAAGAACUGCGUCAACGACUGGAGUCGUUACUGACAGAAAAGCUGAAAGAACUCUUACAGGAACAUGGGCACACACUAUGGCUUUGA